CAUUUAGAUUGCAUGAUUCAGAAACACCCAGCAGUUUCAAAACACCCACAUGGGUGAUUUUGUUAAAUUGAUUUCAUAAAAUGUUAUCCUCCACUGCAAAUUGUCUUGCAAGUCAAGGGGGUUGAAUAAUUUGGAACACAACUGUAUAUUGUCUGUGUGAGAGGAAUCAAACAAUCAUAUCCUGCUAUCGUUUACUCUUCCUCAGCCUGAAAGUGUUUUUUUUUUCUGCUGAACACUAAAGAAGAUGUUUUUUGAGAGUGAACAGUUGACGGCACCCAUUGACUUCUAUGCUACAGGAAGAAAUACUAUGGAAGUGAAUGGGUACCGUCAACCGUUUGGUCUUUUAAAGCAUCAUCUUUUUAGCAUUCAGCAGAAGACAGAAACUCGUACAAAAAAUAUAUAAUUUUUUACAUUUUAUUUAAAGAAAUAAAUAUAUAAAAUAAGCUCACACAGUUUAACAUUUAUUCCCAAAGCAACCAACUAUGUGUCAUUGUUGUUAACUAAGACUGAAACAACUAAAAACAGUUUUCUGUAAUUGAAAUAAAGCUAAAGUAAAAUGAUAUAGAUAAGUCGUGUAAGCUACUACUAAAUAUGGGAGAAACUUAUUUUCUGUAAAGUUGCUUUGCAAUGAUUUGUAAAGUAAAAAGCACUAAUUUUAGUACUGUUUUCAUUUAAUUUAUAAAGUAGUAACUUUUUACAAAAAAAGUUGAAAUGCUAAAAUUAUUAAAACUGACAUAACAUAAAGGCUAAAAAAAGAUUAAUAAAACUAAUUCCUAAACCUCAAACUGCAACCAUGAGGCUAAAAGCUAUGCCAUUUGUCACUCUGAGAAAGUGCUGUAACAGUUUAUAAAGACCUUGAUGUUGUUUGGACACCAGAACCGUGUGUGUGUGUGUGUGUGUGUGUGUGUGUGUGUGUGUGUGUGUGUGUGUGUGUGUGUCCACCUAGAUGUUCCCGUGUUUGGCUCCUGGGAUGAUCUGAAUCCUCUCAAAGUCCCUCCCCAGGAUGAUGAUGUCACAGCCAGAGUAGUACGCCUGUCUGACACUGAUAAUCACAGAGAGUUCUACAUAUCAUCUGAAUGCCGUCGGUUUCCCAGGAGUCCUCGGCACACGCUCGUAGUCGAGGCUCGCUUCGACGGCGAGAGUUUGGCCACAGACCCCGUGGAACACAAAGAACAGCCCCAGUUCUGCACUGAGCUGGCCUGGGAGCUGGACCGCAAGACUCUGCAUCAGCACCGGCUCCAGAGAACACCCAUCAAACUACAGUGUUACGCCAUCGACUCCAGCUCGUCUGCGAGGGAGUGUGUGGGAUACAUCGUCCUCGAUCUCAGAUCGCUGCAAGAGAUCAAGCAGGCUCCUAAAUGGCAUCCUUUACUCAGUAGCAAGUACACCAAACUGAAACCUGCUCUUCUGAUCAGCAUGAUCUUAGAGAACGACACCAAACCUGCAGCUGAGCCGCUCAAGGCCAAGAAAGCUCCAGCGAGGCCAGGCUCUCCAGCGCUGGUUGCUCUGGACUCUGAUAAACUCAGGCCGCUUCUGAACGAGGAGGAAGGUUUCCAUCAGAUCGGUCCUGAAGAUGUGUGCGCUGAGAUGUUUGUGCUGUCGGUGACGCUUGCGUUUGCUUCUAAGCUGGAGCAGCUGAUCUCCAGCUCCACCAAGCUGUCCAGCGAGGGCUCCGAGUUCUUCUUCUAUUACACUCUGUUGGGGAACGAUGUCACCAGUGAACCUUUCCAGAACCUGCUGAGUCCGAACUUUGAGCCGGAGCGAGCGUCGGUGCGCAUCCGCAGCAGUGAGCCCUUCCUGCGGCUCUUCCUCGGUCAGCAGCCCUGUCUGCAGAUCCAUCUCUGCUGUGGAAACCAGUCUCUGGGCAGCACUGAGGUCAGUCUGGCCGGGUUGAUGAAGAGCAGCGCUGAUCUCACUAAAGCUCCGGCCACUAUAGAGGGUGUUUUCAUCCUUCAGCCUCCGCAGCGAGUGAAGGCCGGCCUGCAGUGUGUCCCGCCGGACCUCCAGCCCACUGUGAGCGUGUCUGUGACCCUCCGAACCGAAGACAGCGCUCAUCAGCUGGAAGUACCCGUUGAGAAUGGUCCUAAAACGCCAGUGAAGAAAGGCCCGGUUCCAGCCGCCCGUCGUGAACGUCCCUCAGAGGAGCCCAGAGCCCUUAGGACCCCAUCACCGGACCGGCCUCUCCAGACUCCUGACGCUUCUCCUGAACACCAGCACUCAGAGAGCGAGGCCGAGAGUCUGUGCAGUGACAUCAGACAGGCCCCGCCCACGGCGCACGAGAGACAGGCCCCGCCCACGGCGCACGAGAGACAGGCCCCGCCCACAGCAAAUGAUGUGACUGAAGCUGAUGCUGGAGACUCGUCCGUCUCUGUUUCUGCUCCGAAGAUCUCCAUCCCUGCGUCUGCACAUCACUACAGCUUCUCCCUGGACCUGCGCAGCGUCCGAGACCUGAGGACCAGCUUCCCUGUGAACUGCAUCCUCCGGUACGCUUACCAGUUCUUCGGCAGCGCGGCUCCCAUCAUGACCAGUCCAGCGGUGGAGGUGAAGAAGAACACCGAGGUGUUUCUGCCGCAGUCGUACUGCGCCUUUGAUUUCGCCGCUUUACCCAAUCAGCUUCAGGACACGUUCCUCAGGGUUCCUCUGCUGGUGGAGAUGUGGCACAGAGAGCCGAUCUCUGGAGAUGUUCUGCUGGGUUCUGUCAGCAUUCAUCUGUCCCGUCUCCUCAGCUCCGAGAAGACACGCUUCCUGGACCCGUCCGGUCUGCAGCGCUGGAGACAGAGCUGUUCUGAGAGGAUCCCCAUCAUGAGAGCAGACGGGUCCGAGAGGUUGGCUGAACUCUGUUACGUGAGCGUUCUUGAAGAUCUGGGCUUCGUGAAAGCUCAAGACGUCCUCGUCUCUGAAUCGUCACAGGGGCCGGCGGCGGCUCUGGCUCCUCCUCCUCAGGGCCCCGGGGGGGCGGAGCCUCUCACUCGUCCUCGAGAGACCCCGGAGUACAAGGCAGCGCUGGAGCUGGAGAUGUGGAAGGAGAUGCAGGAGGAUCUGUUCGAUAAUCAGCUGAAGCAGAAGGAGUUGAGUCACAUGCAGGCGCUGGCCGAGGAGUGGAGGAAGAGAGAUCUCCAGCGGGAGGCGCUCAUCAAGAAGAAGGAGCUGGAGUAUAAUGUUCUGGAGGAGCAGCUGCAGAAGACUCUGUGUGAUCUGGAGAAGAGAGAGAAAGCUCUGGCUCACGCUGAGAUGGAGACGCAGAGACUGCAGCGAGAGCUCCGCUCCGAGCACGAGCUCAACAUGAGAGAGCUGCAGGACAGCGGCCGGCGUCUGCGCCAGGACUGCACUCACCAGGUAGAGCUGGAGAGGUCAAAGGUCAGGCAGCUCGAGGAUCAGCUGGCUCAGCAGCGACAGCAGAUACAAGAGGCUGAGAACAAAUACAAGCAGCUGGAGAAGGAGUUUGUUCAGUACCGGGAUCAGCAGAACGUCCGGCCCGAGGUCCGUCUGCAGUCAGAGAUCAACCUGCUGACCCUGGAGAAGGUGGAGCUGGAGCGUAAACUGGAGUCUGCUACCAAAUCCAAACUGCAUUACAAGCAGCAGUGGGGACGAGCCCUGAAGGAGCUGGCCAGGUUUAAACAGCGCGAGCAGGAGAACGCUAUGACCCGUCUGAGGAAGCAGCAGCAGGAGCUGGAGCACAUGAGGUUACGAUACCUGGCCGCUGAAGAGAAGGAGGUCGUCCAGAACGAGAAACACGAGCUUCAGGACAUCCGGAACGAGCUGAACCGGCUGAAGCCGCAGGAGGAGCCGCGCAGCUGGAGGGACACGGCACACGCGUGUGCGAGCGAGAGCGCUGAUGAACACGUGACACGUCUGCUGGAGGAGAGAGACACGCUGCUGCGCACCGGAGUCUACACGCAUGACGACAGGAUCAUCUCUGAGCUGGACCGACAGAUCCAGCAGAUCAUGAGCCGCAGGAACACGUGACACGCGCGAGAAAGCCUUGCUGUGGGACUGUUAUAGUGUGUGUGUGUGUGUGUGUGUGUGUGUGGUUUAGAUGUGACUGUCGGUUUAAAUAAAUGUUUUUCUGAUCUCUUCAUA